UAUGUGCGUAUAUAACAUAUCAUCAUAAUGGAUGCUCUAGCGCUGUUAGAAGACCUUGCUAAUGACGCUCUACGGAGGGAGCGUGUUUUCAGAGACCGUGAAGAUUUCCUUGCUCAUGAUGAUGAUUGGCUCAUGAGCCGAUUUCGAUUCCCAAGAGCCAUCCUCUUGGAAUUGUGUUCUGAAUUACGGCCAGUAUUGGAAAGACCCUCGCGGAGAAACCACGCGCUGUGUGUUCAAGUACAAGUAUUGACCACAUUAGGCCACUUGGCCACUGGUACUUUCCAGCGAGAGUUGGCAGACCGAUCGGGUAUGUCGCAGUCAUCCCUGAGCCGUGUCAUGCCAUAUGUAUGGGAUGCCAUAGUGGGGAUGGCACCCCGAUACAUCCGUUUUCCUUACACGCAAGCUGAACAGGCCAACAUCAAAAUGCAAUUUGCAGCAAUCGCCGGUUUUCCCAAUGUAAUCGGUGCUAUUGACUGCACUCAUGUUGCAAUAAAGGCACCAUCUGAGAAUGAAUUUGCUUUCGUUAACCGAAAACAUUUUCAUUCUUUGAACGUGCAGAUCAUAUGUGAUGCGCAUAUGUCUCUGACAAAUGUAGUUGCGAGAUGGCCUGGGUCAACUCAUGAUUCCUACAUUUUGUCCAACAGCAGUGUAGGGAACAGACUGCAAACAGGAGCUGUGCGUGAUGGAUGGCUUCUUGGAGACAGUGGUUAUCCCCUUAAAACGUGGCUGCUAACUCCACUAACUAGACCCCAAACCGAACAAGAACGGCGUUAUAACGAGAAGCAUUGCCGGACGCGUUCAGUGGUCGAACGCACUAUUGGUCUGCUAAAAGGACGCUGGAGGUGCUUGGAUACGUCUGGUGGCACAGUAUUGUACACCCCUACAAAGGUUUGCCGCAUUGUUGUGGCUUGCGCAGUGUUGCACAACAUUGCUCAAAAGAAAGGUAUACCUGUUCCAUCGAAUGCCCAUCCUGAAGAUAAUGAACCCGACCCUGGCCCUCCUAAUGCAGUGCAUAAUGCUAUGGCAAUACAGCGGCGUAUUAAUGUAAUAAAUGCAAUGUAA